AUGAAAUCGAAAUGGAAAAACAGAACUAGCCGAAGCAAGAGAAACUUCUGCACUCGCCUGGCAAAGUGUGGCCGAAAGCAGCAAACCGGAAUCUGUCUUGCCUUCUUCACAAUAAUAAUUAUUUUUGCGAAAGUCGUCGAGGGAUACUUGAAAAUUAAAAUACAUGAUACGGAGCUUGUCAAUGCUGCAAAGGGAAAGUUCAUUCAUUCUAGCGACGAAUGCUCGAAGGAUAUUUUUAUUUGUUACGCGCAGAAAGAACGAGAUAAUGAGACAUUCGACAAAGUGCAAGCAUUGAGGCAAAAAGGGGAAAUAUUUUCAAAACAACUCGAUGAUUUCACUUUUACAGACAUUAAGAAGAUAUACGAAAUCGAAUAUGAAAUAAAACGACACGAAAAUCCUCAUCUUCAAAAUCCGGAUGCAAUCCUUGGCCCAGCGCAUUCCUCUAUUGAUGUGUCAGACGAAGAAAUUUCGCUAUGGCCAGGGUGCAUAUCUUCUAUUCUAGCAAUUAUCAAAAACAAAGAAUUUAUGUUCCCCUGUUUAGACAUGACGAAAAAGGAUGAUCUAAGAUUUAUCCUCGAGUUUUUGCACAAGGAGCAUAAUCUCUGCCCUAGUCCCGAUACAAUAAAAAGCGAAAACAUUAAUCGCGAAGAUGAUGAUUUUGAAGAUGAGGGCCUCCUAGUUCCUCUGAAAUCACUGACUGGCAUUGUCAACAAAGUCGAAAAAUCUUUGAGCAAAGAAAAUGUCCUUCCCAAAAUUAUCAAGCAGAAAGUCGACCACUGGGACAAAAUAGCCGCAACUUAUAAAGCGAAAUGGACUGGUGAAACCCCUGAGACAUUGAAAGUGAUAGCACAUAUUGGCGCUGCCGAAAACCUUCCAUCGAGCAUGCGUUAUUUGAUUAAAGAUGAGCAUAGAUUUGAUUUGCUAAGCAUUUGGUCAGAUGUAUUGGGGGCAAUGAACAUUGUCGGCUACGAUUUGACGCUUUCUUUAUCAAUGAAUGACCUAGAAGACGCGCUUGCGAUGUUCGUGGAAAACAUUGACAAGUGCAACGAGAUGAAAGACUUGCCAGACAUUAUCAUAACAGAUUACACGGGCCUUGAUGAACUAGCCGAGCUCGAGGGAUCCGUUAGAGGCCCAAGUGCCAAAGGACGAUUUUUCGAAAAGAUCAAGUGCCGCAUUCGUGUCAUCGACCCAUUUGGCACGGAUCCAUUCUUCAACGAGCCUUCUCUCUCAAAAUCUCAAGACAGCGUCGAAAACCAUGGAUUCGGACUUCCCAGCUUGAAACAGUUUUUAACUGCCUAUCCGAACAAAGAAAACUAUUGGGGAGGAUUCGCCGUCUCAGGCAGAGUUCUCAUACAACGCAGAACACUUGACUGCCACAUCCCAUUUAUUGACGAUAGUAUCCGAACAAACCGCCAGCGAUUACAAGACUUUUCAACAAUGAAGGAUCUGACAAGAAUUUUGAAACGUGAGGCGUCGAAGACGAAACCACAACCUUUCAUACCUGUUGGUUUCAGCGGAAAAGAAUUUAUUAAUCGAUUGAGGCACAAUAUUGAAGAGAUGGAUUUCUGUCCGAAGAGGAUCGUCCACAGCUGGGUUGACUACGCAGAUAUGAUCGUAAUUCAAGCUCCACCGGGGACAGAUUGCUCACAAGCUUGCAGCACUAAAGGUCUUACGUGUAACGCAGAGAUGUUUUCCUAUAUCAAUCAGAAGCGGUUUCUAACAACCUUUUGGCCUAAAUGCAAAAAUAUCAUCAAAAUCACAUCACGUAGCUACUGGAGCUUAGGAUAUCCGGCGAUAAAUGGACAGAAUUGCAUUCUCCAGGAUAACAACAAACUGCUGGGUUGUUCGGUUCCGGGAGAGGGCGAAAAUAGAAGAGUUUGUCCCUGCCAGAAAAAAGAUCUUUACGAAAAAAUGAACACUGAAUGA